AUGGCCAAGAUCCUCCUGCUCAUCCUCCUCGUCGUCGUCACUGCGGUCGUAGAGGCCGCCGAUCCACCGGCGAAAUGGAAGGCCGCCCUGACGGCCUUAGACGCCAUGGACGCGAAGAUGCGGCAAGCUGUUGAUGGCGUCGCCGCCGCCGCUCCAGCCGAGAAGCAGUCCGAGGUCCAAGAGGCCGCCAUGGCGGAGAGGCUGGAUGUCUCACUCGCCCUCGCCCGGGUCGAAGAAACCGGGAACGAGAAGAAGGUCGAGAGCAUGGCGGCUUCCUACGAGAAAGCCGCCGACCUGGUUGUCGCCGCGCCACCGCCUGACAAGCUCAAAGUCAUGAAGGAGGCCUUCCGCGCGGUAACAAAAGCAGCAGCGUUAUGA